UUCAAAUAUGAUUUAGCAUAAUAUAAUAAUAACAUAAAUAUAAUAUUAUUAAGUAUAAUUGAACGGCAUACGAAUUGAGUUUUAGAAGUAGAAAUCAAUUCCUUUACAAUAUAGAAUCUCCAGAUUCUUACUUUAGUAGUUUAGAUAUGCUGUUGGUAGCUUUCCCGAACUGUUUCGAAAAAGAAACCGUUGAGCGAAUUGAAAACCGAUAUGUUCCUUAUGAAGACGAAUAUCAAGUUCGAAUUCAAUUCAUGACUUCAAAAGAAAAGAACAUCCUUAGACGUUUUUUUAUGAAGCUCGAUUGGAAUCUAGGCAGCGCAAAGGUAUUAUCUAUGUUAAAAAAUGCUGGUAUAACAACGGCUUCAGAAUUCAUAUUAAGUAAUAUACAUUCCAAAGAAACAACGCAACAGGUUAUGAACGAUCUUUGGGAGACAGAACAUAUCCUACUGGCGGAGCUGUUUUCCAACUCGUGCUUAAAUAUUAGUAUUUCUACUAGUCUUAAAGAAAUCAUCCAAGAUAGUUUGAAUUCUGCUUUAGAUGACUUACUAGAAAAUCACAAUAUUAUUCCAUGCAACUAUCUACAUAGACUGGACCCACAUUUACAAAUCUCCGAACUGGAAUUACUCAAAACACAACACAUGCAGCUAUUACUCAGUAAAAACUGUACUACUAUCGAACACGCUUAUGGAUUCCAAUUACAUUGGCGAGUUGAAAUCAACGAAAACAAAAGAACGGUUUUAGGGCAGCUAAUGAUGGAUAUGAUCCAGGAUAAAACAAGUGCUAUUGAUACCCUAUUUGGAGCAGUUCAAAAUUUAGGCUCUUCAAUUUCCUGGAAACACUUUUUACAACUUCUCCAUCUACUGUCAGUUACAAUAGAGGAAGAAAAAUCGAAUAUUAGCCGAUUGAAAAUAAUCAUAAAAGAAAUGUUUAAUAAAGUCAUACAGGACAAUAAUUUUGACGAGUUUCUUCUGCUAAUGUUAACAGCAAGAGAAAUUUGUUCAUCUAAUAAAAGUAUUCUGGGUGACUACACCAAUUGGUACAAAAUGACCUUUGGUGAAAUGAGCUACCGCGUCAGUAAAGUACAGUUUAUGCAAGUAAUGGAAAUGAUGACUAAACUUAUAGAAUUGGAAAACAACUUGGAGUAUCUUCCUGUACACGUAACCGUUUCCAUUUCGUCUCCACCAAAGUGUAUGGACUUAGUUGUUACCUACAAACAACUGUGCCGAGCGCAGUUGGCAAAAAUAAACAACAAAGCAAACACACCGAGACCGAUGGAACAACCCGACGAAACGAACGAAAUUUCUAUUGUCAUCGAUGAUUGAUAGCAUACAUUAGUCUGAAACGGAAUUUUAUUCCUUUAUGUACAUACAAACCUUAUGAAAUAACCCAGUAUGACCUUCUACUAAAUAUAUUAUCAGUUUA